AUGUCAUCUGAUGCUACCGAAUCGUCAUUACAAUCACCUGUUGUUGAAUGUGAUACUGCGAGUUCAAGUGAUGAAAGUUCCGUUACAAAAUCUGUUGAAAAAACAGCACGUGAUCAGUUUUACACCGGAAUUAAAAUUACUGAUCAACAGAAAUCAUGGGAAGCAACUUGCCAAAUUUGCAAAAGUAAAGUGCGUGGAACGGUAGGAGUUACGUCUAACUACAAUCGGCAUAUCAAAGAUUGCCAUCCAAAUUAUUAUGAAUCAUGGCAAGAACAAUUACAAGCAAUUGGUUUAAGAAAUCAAAAGAAAAUUACUGAAACAAUGGAUGUUCGUAAGCCGAAAUCUUCGUCAGGUUCAAUUUAUUCGGCCACUCAUCCACGCCAAGUUGAAUUACAGAAAUCUAUUGUUGAAGAUUUAAUAAUAGAGCUUGGUCUUCCAUUAUCUCUUGUUGAACGUGAAGGUUUUAAUAAUUUCAUGCUCCAUGUGGAUUCUAAAUUUUCAACAAUUAGUCGACGGACAUUGAGUCGUUCAAUAUUACCAAACUUAUAUACAAAAAUGUUGGAUGGUUUAAAACGAUUCUGUUCAAAAGCAACAUUCAUUUCAAUGACAUUGGAUUUAUGA